GGGGAGGGAUUAAAGGAAUUCUUUCUUUUUUUUCUUUUACUUUCUUUUUAAUUUUCACCUUUUAACUGCAAAUCACACUGUACCUGCUUAUGAAGUAUGAGGUGCUGUUAGUGAUUUCUAGGCAAAAAAAGGUUUUUCCUGCAGCUAGCUGACCUAAAUGACAAAAAGCCAGCCCGUGCUCAUAGCCCCUCACACACACACACACACACACACCAGGUUGUUGAUGGACUCGGAGGUGGACCCCAUGACUUGGCUGUUAUAAAUCGUGCUGCUGCUAUGUAUACAUGGACAUGCAGACGUCUCUUCAGCAUGCUAACUUCAAGCCUUUUAGGCCCUCACCUGGCUGAACAGUGCCCAUGCACAGUGGGUGAAGUACAAGGACUCAAAUGCCAAUUUCUUCCAGAAACACCUCACGUACAACCAAAAAUAGCACUUUCCCAACUAUCUCAGCAUCCUUCUUGGGGAAAUCAGAAAAACCUCCCACUGCUGCUGCAGCCCUUCUUGCCAUGGCUACGUGGGACCAGGGGGAGGUCAGGAGUGUGGUUGACACCGCAGAAGAAAUUCUUAGCCUGCCCAGACCUAUCCAGAAGAAGGGAAGUGCGGUAUAAAAGCAGGCCUGCCUCACACCAAAGACCCAGGGACCGCUCCUGCUGGCUCCAUGUAUGGGGGAGGCAGCGGGGCUCAGGAGGCCAAGAAGUAUUUGAAGCUCAGAGAAAUGGGAAGGGGCUGCUUGCAAUUCACUCUGCUACCUCGGAGCCACCCUCAGAGCACAUGUUUGGCAGCUUAGCCCCAACAGGAACCAGGCACCAGGCAGCUGCACUGACUCACUACUCCUCACGGCAACCCUGCCAGGGAGGCUUCACUACUCCCCCCGCAGGGAAGGGACCUGAAGCACAGGGAGGCGAUGUUACCUGAC